AUGGUCUGCGUCAUUGGGCUGUGUGUCCCCCAGUCCAAGCUUCGCCCCAAGUGUGGCUCGAAGCGCUUUGCGGUAAACAGCCACCACGUGGGGAUCAAGCGCCUGUCGGAGAGCAGGCACCACGUGGACAUCAAGCGCUGGACGGAGGCCCGGCACUUCGCGAAGAGCAAGAGCUUCCACGACGGGAUGUUCCUCCAGGACAACUUGGCGGUACCGGCAGGGACAAGUGAGAGGCGCUGGAGUCCCGAGGAAGUGUAA